AUGGAAGGAUCUGUAUCUAUCCACAGACAUACAGCAGCACCGUUCCACGAAUAUUUACUUCAGGGAAGCGUUGUUGACAAUUCAUGUGAUGUUCUUUUAAAUCGACUUCGUGGUUUGUGUGACAAUGCCGAAAACGAUUAUGAAAGUUUUCAUGAUCACGAAUUAGUUUUUGCUUUACGUUCUUCAACGGCCCAGAACAAUCACAAUCAGCAAGUGUACUUUAGAGUCAGACAUAGUCUGAAGGCACCAAAUGCACCUUGGCAUCUCCGUUAUGUUGGCCAAGCUGAGGUGGGAGAUAAAACACGUCACACACUUGUCAGAACAUAUGUCGAUGUCAGUACAUCAGACAAUGUUGUUACUUUUCUAAACGAAAUGGGAUUCAGGUUGGACUAUGAAUAUGUGAUCAAGGGCUAUUUUUUCCACAAGGGAAGAAUGAAAGUGACUGUAUCAAAGAUCUUCAGAAUGUUGCAGCCAAACAAUGUAGAGAACUUGGAACCACUGUCUUUGUCUUAUUUAGUAGAGCUGACUGUGGUUGCUCCUGCUGGGCAGGAACUAAUUCAAGAUGACAUGAAAAAUUUUGCUGAACAGUUGAAACCGUUGGUACAACUGGAAAAAAUUGACCAUCGCCGAAUUACCAUGAUGUGA